AUGGGACUAGUUGCUGUACAUACAGGAGCUGGGAACUUUGUGAAUGAAGAUAAUUAUAAGAUCCUAUGCAAGAGAUCUUCAAAAAAGGCAUGCGACUUACUUGAUUCCGGGAAUGGGACAGUACUUGACGCAGUGGAACUAGCAAUAAAGAUUAUGGAAGAUAAUCCCAACACAAAUGCUGGUUAUGGAUCGAAUCUCACGUGGGAUGGACGUAUAGAAUGUGAAGCUGGAAUAAUGGACAGCAUUACCUCAAACUUUGGAGCCUGUACAUGCCUAAAUGAUGUCAAAAAUCCAAUUUCUUUAGCCAGAAAGAUCUGUGAUAAACAAUCGUCUCUUUUUCAAUUCGGAAGGCUGCCUCCUAUGAUUGUAUCCAGUAAUGGAGCUUCUGUUCUCGCCAAAGAAUUCGGCCUUGAAAUUAUCAAUGAGAGUGAACUGAUCUCAAGAAAAGCUCAAAAUACCUACAAUUAUUACCGACGGAAAAUUACAGAGUAUGAGCAAUCAAAUGCUAUACAAAUCUCUCGAUUAGAUACUGUUGGAGCUAUAGCCGUCGACGACUAUGGAAAUGUUGCUUGUGGAUGUUCAUCUGGGGGCAUUCUAUUAAAAUUGCCUGGUCGAGUUGGUCAAACUGCUUCAUUUGGUGCAGGCUGCUGGAGUCAGAAGAUUAAUAAUCAAUCAUUAGGCUGUGUUACAACAGGAAAUGGAGAAUAUAUCAUGAAAACGCUUUUAGCUAGAGAAAUUUGUGUGAAUUUAAUCAACAACGAAUGUCCAACAACUAAACUGUACCAAGUAUUUAACGAAAAGUUUCUCAAAUCUCCAAUGUUACCAAGAAAUCAGGAAAAAUAUGCAGGAUGCCUUGUUGUUGACUAUAAUUCUGAUACGAAACGUGGUGAACUUUUAUGGGCACAUACAACAAAAAUGCUCUGCCUUGGCUAUAAAGCAUCAAAACAAAAAUCUAAAUUCAUUUCCUCUUCCUUACCAGAUCAAACAGGUGCAGGACACAAAGUAAUUGUUGGCGGAAUAUCCUUUUAA